AUGAACUCCCAGGAUCUGCCUGCCAAAGAUGCCUCGCUCACCGUUAAUGAGCAGGUGACAAGAUGUAUUCCCCUCGGCCCCUCCGUCAUCGUCAUGUCCGGCCAUGAGACCAUUCGGGUUCUAGAGGUGGAGGUCGACGCGUCUCUGCCGGCGUCGGUGCCCGACGGCAAGAGCGAGUGCAAGCCCGAGGAGGGGGGGGCUCAGGCUCCGAAGCAAGCCGAAGCCGGCGGGGGCCAGAACAGCCCCCCGGGGCCCCAGGGCAGCGGGGAAGCAGUGAUCGGCGAGCAGCAGAUGGUGUCGGUGGAAGCUCCGGCCUCUGCUGUCCAGGCCCUGAACCCGGGCGUUCCCAUCAGCAUGUCCCUGCACCAGCCGCAGGCCGCCAUGCCUCUCACUGUGCAGGGCUGCCCACAGGUGCUGACGCAGGAGAGUCUGGCCACGCUGAUGACCGGCAUGAUGGCUCAGACGGGCUCGCUGGGCCAGCCCCUGCUCAUCCCCGUCAACAUGGCCGGCUCCAUCGGCGGCCAGGGCGGCCUGGCCGUCCUCACCCUCCCCACCACCAGCGUGGCCACCCUCCCCGCUCUAGCAGCCGCCACCUCAGCUGGAAACCUCCUCAAACUGCCCUUCGCUGGCCUACAAGCCGCCACCGUGCUGAACUCCAUCCAGCCCCAGCUGCAGGCCAACGCGCAGGCGGUGUUCCAGCCUCAGGCGGUGCAGCAGCAGGGGACGGCUCAGGUCAGCGGCGUUCAGGUCAGCGGCGCUCAGGCCACGGCUGCCAGCACCACCGUGUCCCAGUCCAACAUAUCGGUGGCGGCGCUUCAGACGGCGGGACUGUCCAUCAACCCGGCCAUCAUCAACGCGGCUUCUUUGGGAGCGCAGCCCCAGUUUCUCAGCUCUCUGACCUCGGCCCCCAUCAUCAGCGGGGCCAUGUCGGGCAUGGCUGGCCUCACCAGUCAGAUCAUCACAAACGCCCAGGGACAGGUCAUAGGAACCCUCCCGCUGUUGCUGAACCCGGCCUCUCUGGCUGGAGGGGCCGGUUCCCCUCUCCCCCUCCAGGGCCUCCAGGUCCAGACCAUCACUCCCCAGCUGCUCCUCAAUGCCCAGGGCCAAAUCAUCGCCACCGUGGGGAACGCGCCAGCCGCCGUGGCGACCUCCGCCGCCGUCCUGCCCAAAACCUCUCCGCCUCUGACGCUGAACAAAGCCGCCACACAGGCAAGGAAACGCAAACGGCUUCUCCUUAUCGCACUGUUAAAGAAAAAUAUCCUGGAUUUUGUUCUCGAGUGUGCUUCAGCCACGCCCGCCACUCAGUCGCCGGUGGUCAUCGCGCCGCAGCCGACCGCGCUGAAGCCCUCCGCGCCGUCCAUCACGUGCGGGGACGUGGCCAAAGUGGGCCAGCUGGUCAGCAAACCCCAGCAGACGGCGGGCGGCGAGGAGGGCAUCAAUCUGGAGGAGAUCCGCGAGUUUGCCAAGAACUUCAAAAUCCGACGGCUGUCCCUGGGACUGACCCAGACGCAAGUGGGGCAGGCCCUCACCGCCACGGAGGGGCCGGCCUACAGCCAGUCUGCCAUCUGCAGGUUCGAGAAGCUGGACAUCACCCCAAAGAGCGCUCAGAAGCUGAAGCCGGUGCUGGAGAAGUGGCUGGCCGAGGCCGAGCACUGGAACCAGAAGGGCCAGCAGAACCUGAUGGAGUUCGUCGGGGGCGAACCCUCCAAGAAACGCAAGCGCCGCACCAGUUUCACGCCGCAGGCCAUAGAGGUGUUGAACUCGUACUUCGAGAAGAACGCCUUGCCCACGGGCCAAGAGAUCACGGAGAUCGCGCGCGAACUGAACUACGACCGAGAGGUGGUGCGCGUGUGGUUCUGCAACCGGCGGCAGACGCUGAAGAACACCAGCAAGAUCAACGUCUUCCAGGUUUAG